UCUGUGUGUCCGUGUCAGUGUGUGUGUGUGUGUGUGUGUGUGUGCGUGCGUGCGCGCUCGGUCAGUGCCGCAGACCCCUGCAUGGAGCCGGCUGUGGAUAUCGCGGCCCCGGCCGCUAUCACUAACCUGUCCCCCAGGAAGAAGCCGCGGACGCCAAGUCCGGAAUAUGCCACAACCAUCGCAGUCUCGUCACGGGCUCUAUUUAACAUGGAGGAGGAGACAAAGAUCUUCGAUAAGGACGGGGUGGAAGCUUAUGUCCGACAUCAAAUGAAACAUGAGAAUGAGCCUUUUGGACCGGGUGCUGCUUUCCCCUUCGUACAGGCUAUAGAGGCCGUGAACGAGCAGCUCCGGGACCUGUACCCAGCCAGUGACGAGCUCUUUGAUAUCGUUCUGGUGACCAACAACCACGCGCAAGUUGGGGUGCGGCUUAUCAACAGUAUCAACCAUUACGGUCUGUCUAUCGAACGAUUCUGCAUGACGGGUGGGAAGAGCCCAAUCGAGUAUCUCAAAGCAUAUCACACCAAUCUUUAUCUCUCAGCGGAUUCUGAAAAAGUGCAAGAAGCCAUUGAGCAAGAGAGCGGCGGGAGCUGGACGCAAGUGAGGUCGGAGCAGAGAUGCAGUCAGGAAGGUAUUGCUGCUGCAACAAUCUUCAGUCCUAACAAAGAUGUCAGUGUCUCUGAGAGGCAGCUGAGGGUGGCUUUUGAUGGAGAUGCUGUGCUUUUCUCGGACGAAUCUGAGCAGAUUGUCAAAGAACAUGGAUUAGAUAAAUUCUUCGAGCAUGAGCAGACGAAUGAGAACAAACCAUUGGCUAUGGGGCCUCUGAAAGGAUUUUUGGAAUCACUGGGAAAGUUGCAGAAGAAAUUUUACGCCAAAGGUCAGCGUUUGAAGUGCCCAAUCAGGACCUACUUGGUCACAGCUCGGAGUGCUGCCAGCUCAGGGGCUCGUGCUCUGAAGACCCUGCGGAGCUGGGGUUUAGAGACGGAUGAAGCUCUGUUCCUGGCUGGUGCUCCAAAGGGGCCACUCCUGCAGAAAAUCCGACCUCACAUUUUCUUUGACGAUCAAAUGUUUCAUGUGGAAGGUGCGAAGGAGCUGGGCACCAUUGCAGCCCAUGUUCCUUAUGGAGCUAGUCAGAGAUACAAGGUGGAGGAGUAGGAAGACAGGGAUUAACUGGAGCUCUGUCCAUCACAGAACUCCACAUUUAGCUCUAAGCCUGGGAUCCAUGACCCUGCACUUUGAUGUUUUUGCACAGUCGCUCAGACUGCUUUUCCCACUGUUCAUUCUGCUGUAAAAACCAGCUCCUCACUGAAACCCCUAGUAAUCCCCAUUUACCUAAACCCCUUUUCCCACCUCCCACACAAUAUCAGCAUCUGGGAUAGUCAAUGGGAUUCCAAUUCUCCCACUGCAGUAUCUCAGGUGUAAGGAGCUGCAAUGUGUGUACAUCCUGAGGUGCCCAUUUGGCAUUGGGCACUGUUCCACCUGACUGAGCAAAUUACAACAUGGGAAACCAUAUAUUAAAACAUCAUAUUAUAGAAAAUCCUGCAAUAGAAAACCGUGCAGGAACUCCAGGAUACACAAAGCUCCGAUGAUGAGUCAUUCAGACUCCAAACAUUAGUUUGCUUUCUUUCCGUGGAUGCUGCCUUAACCCGCUAUGAUCAGCAGCAUGUUUUGCUUUCAAUACAGAUUCUAGCAUCUGCAGUAAUUUGCUCCUACAUGAAAGAACUGCUUAAAUGAGUGCUAUGGGCUCAUUUAAGCAAUGAUAGAUACAGCAUUUUACUUUGACUUUUUUGUGUGGAUUUAGUCAUUGAUUUCAUUCACUUUUAUCAAAGGAGUUAAAAUCAACCCGGCCCACAGCAUGCCUCAACAACUUAUAGCUUCAGUCAGUAGCAGCUUGUUUUAUGUUUGCAGUAAUAUUUGCUAUUAGCAGGACUCAGUAACAGGCCUUUUUCUAUCCGUGGCCCAAAUCUUUCCAAAUAUUUGGAAGUGGAGACCAUGCAAACAACAUACCGGCUGUGUUACAGGCUUUAAAACAAAUCCUACUCUCUAUUCUCACUACUUGUCUGCAGAUAGAUUUUUUUGGUUUCCCACCUUUCAAAACAGUGUAGGCACAUUCUCUGUCUCUCUCUCUCUCUCUCUCUCCUCUCCUCCCUCCCCACCCCCACACACACACACACACACACACACACAGAACUUGUGGAUUCUGACUUUGUCAGGACUGCUUUAAAGCUAAAUUAGAAGUAGGAUUUAUUUCACACAAUCCACAAACUGGAGCUGAUGAUACUUUGCACCACAGGCACAUUUCUACGUACUCAAAAGGAGAGAUGGAAUCAAAAAAGGACGAAGGAAUCUUUCAAUUCGCAAAGAUAAAACACAAGUCUGGAAUUCCUUUAAGAAUGUGGUUGAUCAGCUAGCUGGCAAAUCAGGAGCCAUUGCUCAAAAAUUUAUUCCAACCGCAAAAUUCAAAAACUAUUCCUGUUCAAGGAAUAUUGUUGAAAUUUAAUUUCUGCUUUACUGUUUUGAUGAAAGUGAGUUAACUACUUGCAGAGAGCAUGGUUUGAUUUGAUAUCAAGUAAAUGUUGUACAACACAGCAUAAACUCCUUAACUAUUUUAAGUGUGUAGUUAAAAGGGUUCAGUUCUAUAGGAGUCAUGUGACCAAUCCUCUGUUAGACGGAUUGGGGUGGGACCCGGGAGCUCCUACAUCAAGACAAAGAUUUACCUUGUGAAGAAGCAAAUAUCCGUGGUGCAUUCUGGGAUUAAGUGAAAGACAGUAACACAAAUUACAAAUUGGAGAAUCCUACAGUUUUGUGUAGGUUUUAUUUUGGAGACAAUAUGUCACCUUGGCACUUUCUUACAUGAAUUGCUUUUAUUCCAGUUCUAUCAGGAAGUACAAAACAUUAAUCUCCAGCUGUGGGGAAGCUGCUAGAAGAUCACUAAUAAAUUCAGUCACGAUUAUAGCAGCUAUCUAAUGAUUUUCAAAACUAUCACUAAUGCACAUCUAUUUAUAUAUAUAUAAAAUAUUGAUUUUAAAUCCAACCAUGACAGUUAGCUGCAGCCACAUGGAGACUGGAGUCUCCUUUAGCUGAAUCAUCAGUUUGAUGUGAGUCAAUGAGAAUGGAUUGAUGUGGUAGCAAGGUAACUGUUGGAAAGGUCAGGGAUUGAGUCUCAGUUAGUAUCUGGCAAGGUUCCAUCUUGAACACUCAAAGUCAGGCUGGUAAAUUUAAAACCCAAUUCAUUUAAACCUGGAAUUAAAACUAGUUGCAGUGAUGGUGCCCAUGAAACUAUCACUCAUUGUUGUACAAAUCCAUUUGGUUCACUGUUGGCCUUUAGGGAAGGAAAGCUGCUGUCCUUACCUGCUCUGGCUGACACAUCACUUCAGACCCAGAACAAUGUAGCUGACUAUUAAGAACUGUCUAAAAGAGCCUAGCAAGCUGUUUAAGGGCAUUUAGGGAGGGCAAUAAAUCAUAGGUGGAUUGGCUAUGCUAAAUUGCCUGUAGUGUUCAGUGUUGUGUAGAUUAGGUGGGUUAUAGGGGGAUUGGUCUGGGUAGGAUGCUCCAAGGGUUGGUGUGGACAUGUUGGGCCAAAGGGUCUGUUUCCACACCGUAGGGAUUCUAGUAAAAAAAGUAGUCCUGGCCCAGCCUGUCGUGCCUGAAUUACUCAAAAGACUAAAAAAUAACCUUAUCUACUUUCUGCCAUGUGUCUCAAACCCACCACUUUCUCUUCACAUUCCUGGUUUGCUUCAUUGUCAGUAGAUUCUGAAGUUUUUCUGGUACAAUUUUGCUGCCCUUCUCUAAUAGUUUGAUGUGCCUGGAAUGUGCAACACUGAGCAGACUAUUGCAGUUGGCCCGGCGGG